AUGACAACGUCACUGCUGCUCGGUCCGCGCUGGCUCGACCCGUCGCUCAUGUUCCUGUACGAAAACGCCGCGGAUGAAGUGAAGAACAUGGAGGGUUUUUCUGGAGGCAACUUUACAGCGAAUCAGUGCAGGAAUCUGAUGGCGCACCCCACGUCCCUGGCACCCAGCGCUGCCUACACGUCCAGUGACUUGCCCUCGGCCGGCAUGGGGGGCAUGGGGGAGCCGGUGAAGCAGUGCAGCCCGUGCACUGCGGCUCAGAACUCUUCGAGCGCGUCCUUGCCGUACGGGUACUUCGGCAGCAGCUACUACCCGUGCAGAAUGUCGCAUCACAGCAGCAUAAAGGCGUGCGCGCAGCCGCCUUCCGCCUACACGGACAAAUACGUGGAUUCUGCCGCCGCUGGAGAGGACUUUCCCUCGCGAAAGGAGUUCGCUUUUUACCCCACGUACACGCCAGGACCAUACCAGCCCGUGCCCAGUUACUUGGACGUACCGGUGGUUCCCACGAUCAGCGCUCCCAGUGAGGCCAGGCACGAGUCGCUGCUGCCCAUGGACAGCUACCAGCCGUGGGCCCUGAACGGCUGGAACGGACAGGUCUACUGCAAAGAGCAGCCUCAGCCCGGGCACGUGUGGAAGUCCUCACUACAGGACGCCGUCACACACGUCGGCGUGGACUCGGGCUCAUACCGGAGGGGCCGCAAGAAGCGCGUGCCUUACACCAAAGUGCAACUGAAGGAGCUGGAGCGCGAGUACGGAGCCAACAAGUUCAUCACGAAGGACAAGCGGAGACGGAUAUCCGCACAGACCAACCUCUCCGAGCGCCAGGUCACCAUCUGGUUCCAAAACAGACGCGUCAAGGAGAAGAAAGUGGUCAACAAACUCAAAACCAUCAGCUAG